UGGGAAACAAAUUCGAUCUUGCUUUGGUGGAACAUGGGGACUGCCUUGAGCCACUGUGGCUUCCGCAUUGAGCACCUAGGUUCAUCAAUUGCCAACUUGAACGAGGAGGAGCUUAUUUUAGAGAUCCUCAGCACAGCAGCAGACCACUCACAGGGAGCCAGGCCCAGCGGCCUCAAAGAAGCACAGCAAGUCCAUGUCGUGAACCUUCGAAGCCCUCCAGGACUCGAAUCAUUGAACUUCAGGUUUCGAGAAGAUGUUCGCUCCGCCUGGCCCGACGAGCAUCGCUUUCAGGCGUCCAAGCGAUCGUGGCUAGUACAGAUCGAAGACCAUGCGGAGGGCCUGGUGCUCCAAAUCGCCACCCGCAACGAGGAGCGCUCCCUGGAGGCCGUGGCUUUGGACUUGGAGGACUCGCGCCUGGCUGCCUCCUACGCACAUCGAUUCAACCUGUACAGUCGUGAACAUGCUCGACAAGCUGGUUUUGAUGACAAUAUCCCCAGCAUCAAGGUGGCCGCUCCAGUGGCCUGCCGUGUGGUGAAGAGCCACAUGCCGGCGCUGUUGCCCAUUGGUGCUGCUUGCACCCUUUUCCCGUACGAGGAUCGAGAGGUGAAGAAGUUUGUGUUUGAUGGCACCCAAGACUUUUUGGAGUUGGCCCAGGCCUUUUUCCAUCACGCGGCCUUCUCUUCGGGUGGCAAGGAACUGGUUUGUGAUCUGCAGGGCCUGGAGCAGGAAGAUGGAAGCCUACUUCUUAUCGACCCGUGCAUCCUCCGUGCGAAUGCCAAGAUGACCAUGGCCCAUCUGCUGAAAGGAGCUGUUCGGGAAGACCGUGGCUUUGGCGAGGCAGCGUGUUUGGGGCCAAUCAGCCCAGCUGCGGAGAUAUUCGAGCGCCUGCAUCCCAAGUGUGCGCCCAUGUGCAAGGCCUUUGAUCCACAUCGAAGCAGUGUGAAACAAAAGCUGGGCGUUUGUGGUUUGGAUGUAACCUGUGGAUUAGCCAAAUGAAUUAGCGCUAUGAU